AUGCAAGGAAUGGAGUGGUGGGCGCGGCGCUGCCGGCUCACCGUCGCUCUGCUCAUCCUGCUCGCAGUCGCGCAUCCGGACGUGUUGGCGGAGGCGGCGGCGCCGCCGGGAACCGGCGGCGUCGUGGGCGUGCACACGGACCCGCACCGUAUCGGUGGUGCAAGCGGAGAUGAUGAUGUCGUCACCCAAGCAACCGCACCACAUGCUGAGGGAACACAUGGCAGAGAAUUAGCGAGAAAAAACUCAGGGACGGCGUCCAGAGGCUGUGAGAAGAAACUCAGGAUUGCUGUGCCGCAUAAACCUGGUUUCAAAGCUUUUGUGAAUAUUACUCAUCCUAACACUGAGAGACAAAAGGUCACUGGAUACAGCAUUGAUAUCUUCAAAGCUGCUAUGGAGAUGCUACAGCCUAGUCCACAAUAUGAGUUCUAUGCCUUCAGUGGUUCUUAUGAUGAGCUAGUACGCAGUGUAUCUCUAAAGGUGUUUGAUGCAGCAGUUGGUGAUGUGACCAUAACCCCUGAACGAAUCAGGGAGGCGGAUUUUACAAUGCCAUAUGCACAGUCUGGUUUGUCCUUUCUUAUGCUCUCCGAGAAUGACUCCAAAACAAUCCAGUGGAUAUUUUUAGAGCCCCUAACAAAGGAACUUUGGUUCGCUACUGUGGGCGGCUUCUUGUUCACUGGCUUUGUUGUGUGGAUGAUUGAACUGCCCAAGAAUCCUGAGUACCAAGGGUCAAGACUGAGACAAUUCAGCACUGCUUCCUACUUUGCUUUCUCCACUUUGACGUUCUCCCAUGAUCAAAUAAUUAGAAGCCCUCUGUCAAAAAUUGUCGUUGUGAUAUGGUGCUUUGCGGUGCUGGUUGUAGUGCAGAGCUACACCGCAAACUUGUCAUCAAUGCUAACUGCAAAGAGGCUCCGGCCAAUGGUGACUGAUCUCAAUCAGCUGUUACACAAUGGUGACUAUGUUGGAUACCAGUAUGGAGGAUUUACUCGCUCCUUUUUGAUAAAGCAAGGUUUUCCAUUGAAUAGGAUAAAGGCCUACAGCAAUCAAGAAGAAUAUGCUGAAGCUCUGAGGAAGGGGUCUAAGAAUGGAGGGGUAUCGGCUAUUCUUGAUGAGAUUCCCUAUUUGACUUAUUUCCUCUCCAACCCUCAAUACAAGAAAGAAUUCCAGAUGGUUAAUCGCAUGUACAGGACCCUUGGGCUUGGUUUUGCAUUUCCCCUGAGCUCUCCACUGGUACAUAAUCUCUCGAUCGCCAUCUUGAGCCUAACAGGAGAUUAUGAGGGCCCACAAAUUGAAGAGAGAUGGCUUGGUCCAGCUGCACCAUCUGUGGGUGACAGUGCGAUCAGUGGUUUCACGGCACUCACUUUGCAAAGUUUCUCUGGUCUCUUCAUUAUCACUGGAUGUAUCUCAGCUCUCAUGCUGCUCAUAACCAUUGUCAGAUUGGCCUAUGCAAAGUACAAAAGAUCUAAAGGUUCUGAAUUGCAAAAUGCUGAUGGAUACGCUGGAAGUGUAUGUCUUGGUGAGUCCGUUGAGCUACAAAAUGACAGGGGAGAUGGCUCUGUACCCGAUCAACAUCUACAUGAAAUCAGGGAUAACAAUUACCAAGAUUCCAAGGAAGGCAAUGGAAGUGCCGCUGAUAUAGAGGCUGGUCCAAUGCAGAAUGGCAUGUACAACGGUCCAGUGCCUGCUGAUUGUGUUCGGAUCGAGAUGGGAAGUACUGGCCAAGGUGUUGGCAUAUCCGUUUGGGCUUUUGAUUUGGAACAGUGA